CGCGAUGGCGAGACUCUUUACAAUUCCCUUGGUUUAUCUAAAGGAGCUUCCCAAGAUGAAAUAAAGCGAGCAUAUCGAAAACUAGCUUUAAAAUGCCAUCCAGAUAAAAAUCCUGGCGAUCCCGAGGCCGCUGAUAAAUUCAAAGAAAUUAAUAAAGCAAAUAUGGUCCUAUCUGACGAUGCCAAAAAGGAAAUAUAUGACAAGUACGGAUCUUUUGGUUUAUACCUGGCUGGCCAAUUCGGUGAUGACGGUGUCGGUUUUUAUUAUGCUCUGAAGAAUCCCCUGCUAAAGCUCUUUUAUAACUCCCCUAGCUCUUAG